AUGAAGAAAAGUGCUUCAGCGGCAGCAUACAAAUAUCAAAAGAAAAUGCGAAUAACUUUAGAAGAAGCUAGUAAUACUAUUGAAGAAUUUGAAUCAGAGUCAGAAUCAGAUAAUUUAGACAAAGAAGAUGGUAGUUCAAGAAAAUGA